GUAAUAUAUGUAUAAGAAGAUUGCUCAAAAAAGGACAUAAUGACAUAAAUUAAAAGCAAAUAACAUUUUGAAAUUGAAUUAUUAAUGUUAGUUUAAAACAUUAAGGUUAUGAUAACUUCAGGUUUAACCGUUAUAACCCAAACUGAAAUAAAACUGGAGAGUUAAAGUGAUUUACUUAGAAAUAUAGUGUGCUUGGGUCACACAAAGGUUUAACCAAUGGUUCAACUGAAGAACAACUGUCACUCAAGACUGUCACUAAGGGAACGGUGACCAUUCCACACCCAUCCCCCUUUGUUUUGCACUAGGUGAGGGGCAGAGAAGAGCCUCAGACAGAUUUUAACACCUCAGGACAAUGAGCACUAGAAAAAGGAGUGAUGUUUGGUCUCAUUUUGUGGCAACUACAGCCACUGAAGCAAAAUGCAACAUAUGCAAAAAAGGUUUUUCAAUUAAAGGAGGAAGCACUUCUAAUUUGAGAAGGCACCUUAAAUCUGCACAUCCUACGGUGCUGUUAUCACAAGUUAGAACAGAGACUGAAGAUGAUAGCCCUGCUGCAGCUGGAGCGGUUUCUACCACCAGCACUUUUUCUGCUGGACCUUUGACUGCUUUAGCUGGCACGCUGACCACAUCUACAGCAUCCAGUACACCAGCAGCAGCCACCAUCAUCCAAGGAGCAGUUAGGCCAAGGAGGCCACAACAACAAACUUCAAUGAGCAGUUUUGUAACAAGACCAAUGGAUCCAUUAAGACAAAGCAAACUUGAUGAGGCUCUGGUGAGAAUGAUUGCUUGUGACUUUCAGCCAUUUUCUAUAGUGGAGGACAAGGGCUUUAAGGAGUAUUCACAUCUUCUGGACCCGUCAUACAGUCUACCUAGCAGAAAAACAUUAUCAAAAACUGUAAUGCCUAGGCUGUAUGACAAAUUAAGAAGUGAUAUAAUGGACAAAAUCAAGACUGCCUCUGCUGUUUGUCUCACAACAGACUGCUGGACCUCUUUGACUACAACAAGUUAUAUGACUGUGACAUGUCAUUUCAUAGAGGACUUUCAGAUGACCUCCUAUCUCCUGGACUGCUUUGUUUUGACAGACAGACACACUGCUGCUUACCUGGCAAGUGAGCUGACAAGGGUUACAAAUGAAUGGGGUGUGGGUGACAAAAUUGUAGCUUGUGUCACAGACAACGCCAGCAACAUAGUUUCAGCCCUGAAAGACCAUCUCCACUGGGACCACAUACCUUGUUUUGCCCAUAUGCUGAACCUCAUUGUCAGAGCUGCAUUGAAGGAGGUCCAAACUAUAUUGCAAAAGGUCAAAACAAUAGUUGAAUACUUCCACAGAAGUACAGUUGCUUCAGACAAGCUCAAGGCCACACAAAAACAGAUGGGUCAAGAGCCGUUGAGGUUAAAACAGGAUGUGGCCACAAGGUGGAAUUCAACAUAUUACAUGUUGAAAAGAUUUACAGAAAUCAAAGAUCCGAUCAUCUCCACCCUGGCACUAACUAAUGCAUCUCUGCCAAGCUUGUCACCAGAGGAAUGGAACAUUUCCAGAGAAAUAUUGGACAUCAUUAAGCCAUUUGAAGAGGUCACCACAGAAGUGAGUGCAGAAAAGUUUGUGACUGCAUCCAAAGUCAUUUUGAUGACAAGAGGUCUUCAGAGGAUUGUUGCCCGAUAUCAAAGAAAUCCCUCCAGCUUUGACCCUGUUAAAAAACUAGUGGAUGCCCUGAUGUCAGAAAUGACUAAGAGGUUUGGCAGAGUGGAACACAUUGAAAAGCUUGCUGAUGCUACUUGCCUGGACCCAAGGUUCAAAAAGCAAGCUUUUGUCAAUCACCAGGCAGCAGAAGAGACAGUAAAGAGGAUUAUUGCAGCUGCAGCAGCUAUUAACCCAGCUCAGAGUGAGGAGGAUACUUCAGAUCCUGGUGCGACUGCCAGUGCAGGGGCCAUGUUUUGGGAAGAUUUUGAUGAGAGGGUAGCAAGCUUGAGGCCUUCUGCUACCUCUUCUAAGACCUCAGAUGCGAUGAUGGAGAUGCGGGCCUACCUUGCAGAGCCACUCUUACCCCGCACAUCAGACCCUCUGUCCUGGUGGAGGAGAUGUUCACCCGUUUACAAAAGCCUUUCUGAAGUCACGAAGAAAAGACUUUGUAUUGUGGCCACAUCCGUGCCAUCUGAAAGAAUUUUUUCUAAAACUGGGCAGAUUAUAUCUGAUAGAAGAAACAGACUCAGCCCAUCCAAGGUCCGGGAGCUUGUUUUUUUGAAUGCAAACAUGCCUUAAAGUCAUGUUUGCAAAAAUAUAGCCACAUUGUAUUAUUUAUUUUAAAGCUUAUUUAUUUUUAUUUAUUUUAAAAAAGAC